AUGAUAAUGAACAACCAGACUGUCAUCACACAGUUUCUCCUCCUGGGCCUGCCCAUCCCCCCAGAGCACCAGCACCUGUUCUACGCCCUGUUCCUGGCCAUGUACCUCACCACCAUCUUGGGAAACCUCAUCAUCAUCAUCCUCAUUCUACUGGACUCCCAUCUCCACACACCCAUGUACUUGUUUCUCAGCAACUUGUCCUUCUCUGACCUCUGCUUUUCCUCUGUCACAAUGCCCAAGUUGCUCCAGAACAUGCAGAGCCAGGACACAUCCAUCUCCUAUGCAGGUUGUCUGACACAAAUGUACUUUUUUGUUCUUUUUGGAGGCCUGGAAAUCUUCCUCCUUGUGGUUAUGGCCUAUGACCGCUAUGUGGCCAUCUGCCUUCCCCUUCACUACACCAGCAUCAUGAGUCCCAAGCUCUGUAUGUGUCUGGUGCUGCUGUCCUGGGUGAUUACCAUGCUGUAUUCCAUGUUGCACACUCUACUCUUGGCUAGGUUGUCAUUCUGUGAGGACAAUGUUAUCCGCCACUUUUUCUGUGACAUAGCUGCCCUGCUCAAGUUGGCAUGCUCUGAUAUUUAUAUAAAUGAGCUUAUGAUAUUUAUCUUGGGAGGGCCCUUUACGGUCAUCCCAUUCUUACUCAUUGUUGUGUCAUAUGUACAAAUUGUCUCCUCCAUUCUAAAGGUUUCAUCUUCUCGGGCCAUCCACAAGGUUUUCUCCACCUGUGGAUCCCACCUGUCUGUGGUCUCACUGUACUAUGGAACAAUUUUUGGUCUGUACUUAUGUCCAUCAGCUAAGAACUCUACUGUGAAGGAAGCUUCGAUUGCCAUGAUGUACACAGUGGUGACUCCCAUGCUGAACCCUUUCAUCUACAGCCUAAGGAACAGAGAUAUAAAGGAGGCCCUUAUAAAAAUUCUUAUCAAGAAAAUAUCUUUAUAA